GCGGGGCGGGGCGAGGGCGGGGCCGCCGCUGUCCCCUCACGGAGCCGCGCGCUGUCCCCGCGGCCGCUCCCGCGGCGCCCGGAGCUCCGCGCACUCCGAGGGUCGCGCCUCGGCCGCUGCCAUCGCUGCCGGCGGAACGGGAGCGCAGCGGUGCGGUGCGGUGCGGUGCCGUGCGGUGCGCGUUCCUUGGCCGGCCCGACGCGGCGGACCCGGCGGCGGCAAGGGUGAAGAUCAACUACAGUAACUACAGUAAGACAGCUCUGAAUUAUGUUAAAUUAACUUUCAAUCCGUUAAUUGCCUUAUUGGACGUGAAUUCUUCAAGUUUCUGGUAUGGCUCUGGCUGUGAUGCUGCUGAACGGUGCUUCCUUCCACAGUGGAUGCGGCAGGCACAAAGUUUUGCUCUCCUUACUUGGACCUCUCCUUGGCAAUUCAAAAUUGUACAGCAGCUACAGGAGGCCAGGGGCAGAGCCUGAGAAAAAACCGUCUUGGCAGAAUGCUGAUUUCAGCUUUAAGAAGGGCAUUGAUCACCUAAAGACUCAGCUGAGCUUGCUGAAGAAGGAAACCCAAGAUUACUUAAAAGGACCUGGAGGCCAUUCUGUAAGUCAGCACUUGUUGGAACAAACAAGAGUGUUGUGGCAAUUUAGGAGCCAAGAAGAUUUAAAUAAAUGGGUUGUUUCCUCUGAUGUGGAGAUUGGAGGGAAAAGUAAGGUUUACAUCAAGUUGGGCAGGAAUAACCAGGCUGCUCUGCUGUAUGGAACCCUCAAUACAGAAGUACCUCGUGAUGGGGAGACACAAUACAGUGGAUAUUGCAGUAUGAGAUCCAGACCAGCAGUGGGAUCUUUUAAGAGGAAGAAGUAUUAUGACUGGUCAAACUUCAACAGUCUGUAUUUACGUGUCCGUGGUGAUGGCAGACCCUGGAUGGUAAACAUUUAUACAGACCCUUACUUCUCUCAUCAAAAGGAUGACCUCUACACCUACUUCAUGUUCACCCGAGGAGGCCCAUACUGGGAGGAGAUACAGAUUCCAUUCUCCAAAUUCUUUCUCUCCAGUCGGGGAAGAAUCCAGGAUAACCAGCAUCCUGUCUGGUUAGACAAGGUUAGAACCCUUGGAUUCACCAUUGGAGAUAAAGUAGAUGGCCCAUUCCAGCUGGAGAUCGAUUUUAUUGGUCUGCUAAAUGACAGAGCUCAUAGAGAAGAGUUUGCCUAUGAAACUUACGACAAGAACACUCCAGUCUAAGUUUGGGCUGGUGUCCUUUGGAAAAUUCUUCAGAUAUUUGGUUUAUUUUGAUAGGGCUUAAUAGGGCUUUUAACAACUUGAAAAGCCUAUGUAAACAUUAAAGAGAUAAAUAUAUGAAGUGUGACACCACUGUCAUCUUUAAACUCCCAAAUACAGAAUAUCCUGAAGGGACUGUACAUAGAUGGACUGCAGUAGUAGCUCUUCCCUGGGUAAGUUUUGGCUUCUGUCUUGACCUUUACUGAAAUAAAGUAUUUAAUGAGUUUGUUC